AUGGCUUUCAAAAUAAGCCUUCUCGCUAUUUUGACCGCUUCAUUGUACUUUUCAAGUCAGUCUGGAGUCACGCUCGGAAAAGAAUCCCAACCAACCAAGCAUGGCGAAGUCUACCGCGCCAAAAGUCAGAUUGAUUCCCUGAUUUACAAGCUAACUCUCGAUUUAAACACCUUUAACGAAAAGAAAACGCUGGCCACUGUUAUGCAAAAGGAUGCUGAGAAGCUGGCUCGAAUCGCUGAAGAAGAAAUCGCCCUGCUUAAACCGGUACAACAUCUUUUGGAUAAACUGAUAAAGGCGAACAACAAACCACGUGCCAAAAAUGGCAUCUACUGGAUCAAGACUGACCUGCAAGGAAGUUUAUCAGUGCAGACUUACUGUGACAUGGCAAAUGGUGGCUGGACUCUCGUGGGAAAAAUCAGCGGAAACGUUGGCAAUAUUUACAAGACAUGGCUGGUCUCUAACUACAACGCUGGUGCACUUAAAACACCAAAGAUCAUUAAACAGAAAGAGUAUGCCUGUAUUGACGCGCGCAGAUUGGCGGUGGAGGAAGCGUCCUCGAUUCUGUUGUCCAGCGGUGAGAGGACGGAUGGCUUGGGAAGCAAGUGGGUGAUGUGGAGGCUGCCUGGAGACAGAGAAAAAGUUUCCUUUUGGAAUCACUCUGUUGGGAAGCCUACUGUUCAGGCGGCUGUUAAGACACCUGUCAUGGUGUAUGCUUGGAAUGGCAACAAAAAGAUCUGUUACCAAAAUAAGUUUGGAUUGAUGCCUUAUCCCUUACAUGGAGGUGCCUACCCUUUCGCUUCUUACGAUACCGCUGGCAACUGCGCCACUAACGAAUACUGCAUGGCUGUUGGCGUCACCACAAAAGGAAGUACCGCGCAUGGCUGGUCGAAUAAUGGCAAUAGUAAUGAUUGCCCAAGCAGCGAUUCUGAUUGGCCGAACAAAGCAUAUAAUCACAAGUCCCCUCACUUGACAGUCUGGCUCAAGUAACUGUAGCAACGACCUCAGAGAAACAAUGACAGACAACCGUGAUUACCAUUUCGCUCUGCUUGGGGUUUAUAUAAACUUAGAGUAGGUCAAAUGGAGGGGAUAUUAUAGCAAACGCGAUUUUAUUUAAUAUACGGUAGCGUUGUUGUAAAAGAAGAGAGAGAACGUCAAGAGGAAAAUCAACAGAGUCAAAGAACAUCACCAUAAAGUAGGUUGUCAGGGACUAAGACAGACAUUUGUUUCGUUAGGUGAAGGGACAUCGAUUUUUCGUUUUUCAAGUUUCGUUUGCUUUGCUGAGAAUAAGGGGAAUCUUGCAAGUGUGUGACAGAUAACUGAGGCGUUGUUAAGUUGUUGAAAACAAAGGGAAAAAAAUAAAAUAAAAUGGUGCUGGUUAAAGAGUCGUGAUUCCGUUAUACUCUCUAAAAUCAACACCCAACACCCGACAAAAAAUUGAGUGAUCCAGAAGCAAUUGUGUGACGAAUCUGAAAUUUACCCAAUAACGAGAUCUACCACCAGAAAUAUAAGGGCGUAAGACCUGUCUACACCAGAAUAGAAAAUCUUCCGACUGCAAGACCCAUAUACUCCGGGCAUCUCAGUGUGUAUUCAAUUUAGUUGCGCGACAUGUUGUACAGCAUUCUCACUUGUGCCAUGAAAUCUAUUUACACGGAAAAUCUUAUCAAAACAGAGGCCCCACCUUUACAAGAAGAAGCACAACUCGCAACAGUAAGAAGCUUUUGAGUGUAUUUUUCAACAUCACUAGUGAUUUAUAUCACCGAAAAACCGUAAAAAGCAUCUGUUAUCGCAAUAAACUGAAACAGUCCAAGAUUUGCCAGUAACAGUCAACAGGUGUUGCCCGGCGGGGACUCCCAUAUGAAAAGGUCAGGGAUGCUUGUCUUCUCGCUUAGAGCUGUAAAUCAAGGAUUCGCCGGGAAUCCUGUGGCUUGUCCCAUGCUCGCCCCAAAACAUGCAUUGUUACAUGAAGACCGAUAUGAUUCAAUUUUUCCACUGUCACUGAUUUGCUCACAAAUUAUGAUUCUCCAACAGUUGAUCUCACUUGUUCAUGAAUUGUAUCCUUAAAGUUAAAAAUUAUCAUUCUCCAAUAAUUGAUCUCUUCAGGAAUUGUAUUCUUAUAGUUAAACACACAUAACCACAAAGUGAAGUUCUACUACUGAAAGAAUGUUCUAAAUUGAUGCACGGGCGGCUUUCUCUCAAUCCAUCCAUCUCUCAAUCCUGCCAUUAGCUGUCGCUAACUCUCCUGCUGCCGCACAUGUUCUGGACGACAUCUAAUUGGUGUCUUUGACGCAUACGGUCAGGAAAAAAGGCCUGCUUUCGGCAAAUCCUUAAUAAGGUACCCCAAACACUCUCCACGAAUGUUAUUAACCGAUGAAUCAAGAAACAGUGUCAUCACUCACGGAGACUCCAAAGGUUGUGACGUCAGCACAGCAACAAGAACACGACUUGUUGCUAAGCAAUCGCUGACAAACUCGCGGAAUUGAAACGAGAGACGGCAGACACUCCAUGACGGAAUAUAUGAUGUACACAAUCAAUCACUGUCAAUGGCCGCAGAAGUGAGAUGACUUGUCGGUUUAUCCGUUGAGCGCAUACACUCUGUGGUACACUCUACGAGUCCGUGUAGUGAUUUAACCUGCACAAAA